AGAAGAAAUGCAGGAAGAAAAUGCGACCUGCCCGCCAAAUUUGCUUGUAAAUAAAGUCGCUCACAAUUAAUCCGAUGGAUUUGUAAGAUUUUGGAUUUUUUUCCCACGUUUCAUCGGAUAUCUUUUCACUCCGUCAACAAUGAAUUUAGUUGGGAAAGGAGGUGUCGAUACUCAACAAUUGUCUGGCAGCAGUGACAGCGAUUCCAUCAAAGUUUUCGUCCGAGUACGACCUCUGACCCAUGGCACCGGGCUAACAACAGAUGGAGAGCGGAACUUGUGUCUCAAAGUCACCUCUCCAAACACUAUACGCUUGCUCUCCAAACCAGAGCCGCGAACCUUCACUUAUGAUCAUGUUGCUGACAUGGAUACGACACAGGAUUCUGUGUUCUCCAGCGUGGGCAAGAAUAUUGUGGAGUCUUGCAUAAAUGGAUACAAUGGAACCAUUUUUGCAUACGGCCAAACAGGAUCGGGAAAAACGUUCACGAUGCUAGGACCUUCAGAUUCGGACAACUUUACAGAUGAAAUGCGGGGUGUUAUUCCUCGCAGUUUUGAGUACUUGUUCUUUCUCAUCAACAGAGAAGUGUCUCAGUCCAAAAGUUUUCUCUGCAAAUGUUCAUUUAUUGAGAUUUACAAUGAACAAAUUUUUGACCUCCUGGACACAGCCUCGGCUAGCCUUUUUGUCAGAGAAAACAUCAAGAAAGGCGUGUUUGUGGAAGGAGCUGUGGAGAAGUUUGUCAACAAUGCCGCCGAAGCAUACCAGGUGUUGUCUCGUGGCUGGUGUAAUCGCCGUGUGGCCUCCACCUCAAUGAACCGUGAGUCUUCACGAUCUCAUGCUGUGUUUACUAUGACUCUCGAGUCCAAGGAGUCCAUCAAUGAAGUGGUGAACAUUCGAAGGUCUCAGCUCAACCUGGUUGAUCUGGCUGGCUCAGAGAGACAGAAAGACACACACACUGACGGGUCUAGGCUUAAGGAGGCCAGCAGUAUCAAUCGCUCCCUUAUGAGCCUUGGUCAGGUGAUCAUGGCUUUGGUUGACGUUUCUAAUGGGAGGAAUCGCCACAUUUGCUAUAGAGACUCCAAACUCACCUUCCUGUUACGGGACUCCCUUGGAGGGAAUGCACAGACCUAUAUUAUAGCAAAUGUUCACCCUGGAUCAAAAUGCUUUGGGGAAACAUUAUCAACUCUCCAAUUUGCCCAGAGAGCAAAGCUGAUCAAGAACAAGGCCGUUGUCAACGAGGACACACAAGGAAAUGUGAGACAGCUACAGGCUGAAGUGAAGAAGCUGAAAGAGCAGCUCGCUCAGGCUCUUUCGUCUCACCAAGUGGAUGAUGGGAAAGAUGUCACAGCAGGAGGAACAGAGCUCCCCAUCUCCAAAUCCUCCGGGGAUAUGAAAAAUAUUGCCUUGUACAAAGCCAAGUUUAUGGCUGCUGUCCGUUUGUGGAGGAAGCGAGAAGAAGAGAAGAGGGUUUUGCUUAAAAAGGCAUCUCAGCUGGAAGAAGCCUGGACUCAGAAAGACAAGUUCAUCCACUCCAGUCGCUUGAUCAUCAAGUUCCGUGAGGAUCAUAUAAGUCGCCUGGAGAAAAAACUCAAAGAACAAUGUGGUGUUCUAGGAGACAUGGAGUCACAGGCUCUCAUUGAACAGUUAAAAGAAGAAAUCAGUAUUUUACGAGACCAGGUCGAACAUAACCCCAAGAUGACUCGCUACGCAGCCGAGAACUACAGCCUCAGAGAGGAGAAUCGUCAGCUUCGCUCCCUCGAGUCGGUGAUAAAAGCCGAAGAGGAAGCAGUGCAAGUUGCGCAAGAGCUGGAAGAUGACUUCCAGAGGGCCAUGGAGGCUGAAACCACAGAAACUCCAGCCAAUGCGUCGACCUCCUUGGCGACUGAUGUAUUUACCGUCUCCGCCAUGGAGAAACUGAAAGCUCAGCUGCUUCAAAAGCAGUCCGACUUCACUGCCAUUCUGCAGGCGUUUGAGGAGUACAAGGAAGUCACUAAGAAGCAGAUGUCUCAGUUGGAGUCGGACAAAAGGUACCUUGACAAGUCCAACAGGUAUUUGGAGAACAUCUUGGAAGCCACUAAUGCCUACAAAAAGCAAGAAGUCUCUGAGUUGAACAGAAUUCAUGUUGAAACUUUAAAGUCUUCCGUCUUGAAAUAUCAGAUUCUCACUACUCCCACCAAAGCCUACCUGCGCUCCCGUCCUAUACCGCUGUCCAGCCCAGAACACUUGAACGGUAGUGUUAACAAUCCAGUUGACAUUUGGGCUGAGCCGCCCCCUUCAGACACGACUGAGAUGGCGCUGACUGAAGAACUGCGUCAAGUGCAGGUGCAAGCGAGUCAGAUUCGGGCCCAGCUAGGGGAAGAGGAGCUCAAGAACAGCAGGCUUAUGCAACAAAUUGCAAAACUAGAAGAGCAGAUCCAUGUUAUUUCACACGAGUCCGCACUAAAGGAGGAGCAACUUUCAAUGGAGUGUGCUAACAAGACCAGAGAUCAUCUCAGACUGCAGGAGACAAUUGACAGCCUACAACAGAAACAUCAGCGUGAACUGGAGACUGGAGAAGUACUAAGGAAUGAAAUCCGUGAUCUUCGGCUGGUGCUGCGGUCGUCUGACAAGGAGCUGGCUGCCGUGAAGGAGGAGCUGAAAGCCAAGAAAAGUGAGCAGCAGAGAGAGACGAGUCAGCUUUCCAGCAGUUUGAUCGCCACGCAGCUCCAGCUCGACAAAGUCCAGCUGGAUUGGGAGCAGCUUCUGGAGCAGCACCGCGCUUUGCAGGAUUCUUUUGACCAGCUUCAAGCCGAGGCAAAGUUUGACGCAGACCACGCGAGACAGCAGAUGCAAGACAGGCAGCAAGAGAUCAGUGAACUACAAGCUCAGAUUGUGGAAUUGAACAACUCUUUGGAAACGGCACAAGAGCACACUAGCACCCUGACCUACCAGUUAAUAGAGAACAAAGAAAAUACAUCCAAAGAACUGAGUGUAACAAAUGAGGAGAACACACAGCUGAAUAAGCAAGUCGUAGACAUGACCGUGCAAUUCCAACAGCAGGUAUCCAAACUUGAUCAUCUGGAAAAAAAUCUCUGCACUGCAAAUGAAAGCAUAAAAGGCCUGAAACAGAAGAUUGAGCAGGACAAAGUUGUCGUCCUCGAUCUGAUCACCCAAACCAGAGAGCUCCGCAGUGAUCUUACUCACAAGGAACAGACCAUUGCACAUCUCUCAGGAGACAUUACCGACAUCACGGCCAAAUACAAUGCUGCCUGCUUGGAACAAAAAGAUGUCGGAGAGCAAAACGCUAAGAUGCUAGCAGAAAUCGCAGAACUGAAAGAAAGCGUGGAGAGGACUAUCAUCUCCAGCAAAAAUGAGGUUGAAGCGCUGCAGUACCAGCUCGCUGAUGCAAAUGAGGAAGUUGAAAGACUUACAAAAGUCUUGGAUGAGCACAACAACAUUCUUCAAAGUGCUCAAGAGCAAGCCACUCAGAAGGACUUUGAAAUCCAGAAUCUACAGCAGAAGGUGCAAAGGCAACAAGAAGCUGCGGAAAGAACGAUACCUACGACCCCCUGCACACCGGGAAGCUUCAGCCGGGACUUAACCCAGGUCCUCGAGAACCAGGAGAGGGAACUGGAGAAUCGACGCUCCUCCAUGAUGACCAUGGAGAUCCUCUUAGCUGAGCUCAAUUCCGAGAGAGCUGCCAAGAAUGAGGAAAUUCGACGGCUCAAAACACAGCUGAACGAGAAGGAGGUGGCCAACAUGGUGAUACAGGGCUUGCAUGAGCCAUAUAACAAAAUCCCUCAUAGUGGAAAUGCAAACAGUGAGGAGCUUCAUCACAGCAUCUCUCAGUCUGUUCUUAAAGAACUGCAAGAGGAACGAGAAGAAAAGGAUAAAUUGAUUCAAAAGCUGUCCGAUGUACAAAAAAAAUUGCAAAUCCAGGAGUCCACGUUGGCCCAGUCACAGGCUUGUGUUCAGGAGCUGUCCGCAGAACUCGGCAAUCGUUGUCUAGAGCUGAGUCAAAGGCUACAGGAUGAGGACAAGCUCCUCAAGGAGAACGAGGUUCUGCGUCGGCAGAACGUUCAGCUGUCGGAGGAGAAUGGAAAAUUGGUAGGACACAAGAACCAUAAGCAGAAGAUUGAAUAUUUGGUCAAAUUAAAGAAGGACAACACCAGACUGCAGGAGGAAAAUGAAAAACUUCGAUCAGAAAUGAGCCUCAUUCAAGAUAACACGGGACCUUUGCCGUGAUGCUGUGGAAUUAAUUGGAAUGGACCUGCGCCUUUACAGUUAAUUAUUUUCUUAGAAUAAUUUUGUACUUUAAGUUUUAUCAGACUCUGACAGGAAUAAAAAAAAUGU